AUGGAGGCCGAGGCGGCGGCGGCCGGAGGAGGCGGCGGCCGGAGCGGCGAAGGCUCCCUCAGCAGUGGCGGCGGCGGCGGCGGCGCCCAGGCCCCGGCGGCGUCGGAGCGGGAGCGGAGGGUGCGCGCGCUGAGCGCCUACCUGAAGGGCCGCCUGGGGCCUUACGAGCCGGCGCUGAGCGCCCUGCAGGCCACGCUCGUCUGGGAGAGGCCGGCGAGGAGCGCGCUGGGCUGGGUCGGAGCUCACGCCGCCUUCGGGUUUUUUGCUCUGACGUCUCUUCAUCUGAUAUUCUUGGUUGCUUUCACUCUGAUACUAAUUGUGUGUUUAGAUCAGUGGAAGAAUAAAAUAUGGCCUGAAAUAAGAGUAGCAAGACCUGAUGAAUUAGACAAUGAAAGCUGGGGCUACGUCCACCCCCGACUGCUAAGUGUGCCUGAACUAUGUCACUAUUUGGCAGAAGGAUGGGUCACAGGAGACAGCUUCAUGAGGAACCUGUUGGGCUUCAAAAGGCAAAAUCCGGGCAAGUUCUGCCUUCUGGCUUGUGGCGUCCUCACAUUUUUGGCUGUGUUGGGCCAGUACAUUCCAGGUGUCUGUCUUGCCUAUCUAACAAUGGUUUCCAUCCUUCUGUGGCCACUUGCUGUUUACCACCGGCUGGGUCACCGCCUGUACACCAAAUUGGAGCCAGCUCUGCAGCGGCUGGACUUCAGUGUUCAUGGCUACAUGAUGUCCAAACAUAAGGAGAGGCAAUUACGACACCAGAUGCUGAGCCGGCAUGCUGCUAGUGCUGAUGGGAGCGACAGUGAAGAAGAACUUGCUGCUUUCUGUCCCACGUUGGAUGAUGCAAUAGUUGCCAAAGAGCUGGCUUUCUCUGAUUCGGAGCACUCUGAUGCAGAAGUAUCCUAUACUGAGAAUGGGACAUUUAAUCUCUCACGAGGUCAAACCCCCCUGACAGAGGGAUCUGAAGACUUUGAUGGCCACAGUGACCCUGAGGAAUCCUUUGCCCGAGAUCUUCCAGAUUUCCCUUCCAUCAACCCUGAGGUCACAGGUAUCGAUGAUGAAGAUGAUACCAGCAUAGGCAUACCAAGCCUUCCCUGUCGUGUACAAGGCCAGGAAGAGCUGCGAGUUUCUCACGACCGGGAGGAAGUGACCUCAGAUAUCCUAGGUAACCUGCCAUUAAUGCACAACCUCACAGAUGACUUGGCUGGCUUUGUAACCAGGGGAAUGAUCCAGCUGGCCUUGUCAGGAGCCUCCCAAUCUGGCUCCAUGCCUGGCAACAGACGGCAGCAAAGUGCCAAGGCCUUCCUCCGGACCUCCAGCUCGGAGCUCGAUACAGAUGCUGAAGGAGAUGACUUUGAACUGCUGGAUCAGUCAGAGCUGAAUCAGAUGGAUCCAUCCAGUUCCCGCGGCCAAUAAACAGUUGUCGUCCCUUCCCUGCUGUGGCUCUUCUGUCUCAUGGAGCACAGAUGGAGAACCUUGUGCAGGAGUAGGAUAAUAUCCCAUUCUUUGAUGUAUAGCCUGAUUGGGGCAAAUUUGGAAGACAGUGUGAAUUUUCGAACAAAACCCUUCUGGUGCAGAAUCGGAAGAUAUUUGUUGCUGAACCUGCCAUGCCCUUCACCUUUCUAGCUUGCUGUGUGUGGCACUCUUUGUUCAAAGCCAAAAUGUCCCGCUGCUGUGGUUCACGUUCCAAAAUGGGCCUUGGAAGACAGAUCUCAGCUUGUGUUUAAUGCAACAGAAGUCAGGUAACAGGAAUUGGCUCUUAUUUAAAAGCCAGAUAAAGAACAAGUUCUAAAAUCUCUCAAGUGAUGGAAGUGACUUGUGCCCAGCUGCUGAUUGUAAGGAAAUCUUCAGAUGCAAUUGAGUGUACCUCGUGUUAUGUUUGUUGUAUGGGACCCUGACAUCUGCGAGGUAUUGAAAGCAGCCUCUAUCCCCAGUAAGCAUUUGCACGUAAUGACCCCUAAUCCAUAUAUUUUGAACUUCUGGAGCUCUAAUCUGGCUCUUCUCGCACAUGAUAAUAGCAAUAAUAUUUUGGUGGGUUGGACACUCACGCAAACAGUUACACAGUCACACACACACACACACUUUACUAUUAACUAUUUCAGAGAAGUUCCCAGCACUAAAAAUGCCCUCCACCCUGCACCAUAAAGGUUUGGGCAGAAGCAACAAAAGAUUUGGCUCCUAGUUACCCUCUGUCAGUCACCAAAGCCAGCACCUAUGCGGGAACCAUGAACAUGCUUCCUCACUAAACAGUCUGCAGUCUGUAGUGGCAAAGCUCUGUCAGUCUGACGUGUCCCUGCACUGGUCAUUUGACACCCGUUUCAGAGUUCAUGGAUGUUUUAUGCUCUCAUAUGGCCCCCUCUUUUUGAAGAAAACAAUAUUGCUACUAUGAAUUUUUUUUAGCCUAGGAUCACAGAUGAAAACUAGUAGCAAAGCCAGAUUCCUAGGGCCUGCUCACCCACAAUAUGUGCAGUUUUGCAAGUAGAGCAUAAAAGUGGGGUUCACGGCUUCAGAAUAUUUCAUUAGAAAAAGCCUCUGAUAAUACAGAAUGAGACUACAGUAUAUCAUCAUUUCUGUGGAUCUCUGCAAUCAGUAUGGUGGCAGCAUUGUUUUGGCUAAAAGUAUUUGAAGACCAAAUUUAGAUUGGCUCUGUGACUGAUUUAUGGUACCAAAUUCCUAUAUCUUGGUUGCCCUGUGUGGAUUGCUGUGAAGAUGGUGCUGUGUUCCUCUAGAAUAAACCAUUUACAAAUGGCAUCUGGAUAUUGCUAAUGUUUUGGUGUGGAUUUUCACAGGACCCCUGAUACCUGUUUCUCCUUGUUAGCUAUGCUGGUAUGAUUUUAACCAGGGUCUCAGACCUGCAAACAACCUUCCCAGAACAUACUGUGUGGAGCUGGGUGCUGCAGCUAGUCAGUUGGUGAUCCUGGUGCUCCAUACCUUCCCUUAUAGAACACCACAUCCAGACUUUUUGGGUUUCUAUACAAAAAGAUUGGAAGAGUGUACCGUAGAAGUAAUUAUUCUUGGUGCAAAGCCAUCCUGAUAACCCUCUGUGGACUGAAGAGAGACUUGAAUAAAUGCUGUGCUUUUACUUUUAGUUUUAUUUAAAAGGUUUCCAGCCUACGUUCACAACUUGUGAAACUGCUGAACUGAAAACCAUCUUGAAUACCUGCAUAUCCAAUUAGCCUUCUAGGUUCUCAUAGUUCCAGCUCAACCUGCAUCCUCUUUCAGGCUCUGUAGUUAGGCGUUUACAUAUUUUUCUGACUUCGCAUCUGAAGACCUCUGUGAUACGCUGCCUAUUGUUUUCUUGGCCAAGCAGUAACGUGAUGUAGAUGCUAUAUGCCUAAAUAGCACGUUCUUGCAGAAAAGACUCAAGAGGGUGGUGCUUUGUAUAUUUGAAACAGCUUGGUUUUGGUAGCAUUUGUGUGGCAAUAUCAUGGUGUUUAACUGCCUUUUUUAGUGUUUACAAAUCAGCCAAUAUUGUGGAAGUUUAUUGAGUAAUUUGUCAUCUUGCAGAAGUUUUUAAAAUAAGAUGCUGAUAACUUUUGAGGUGGGAAACUGACGUUAUUUCAUUAGGUUUUGUGUUACGUGGAUUAGAACAAGAUUUUAGUGCAAUAAAACAACCAUACCUUACCCACUGUAUCAGUACUGGGAUGAUACUUUUUUUUGUUUUUAUUGAGUGUUUCUUUCUGCCCUAACUGGUGCAAAAUAAAGAAUUUGAGACAC